AUGCCUCCCAACAUCCCCCUCCAGCAGCACAACGCCAUCAUGUCGGCUCCCGCGAGUGUGAGGGUAUCCGGCCCUCCCAAUAGCAGCUUCCUCGUGGGCUACCCCGGCAUCUCUGCGACUCUGCCGCGCAUCGAAGGAAAGGUCGAGAUCCGUCCUGGCCAGGGCUACUCCAUGCCCGUACCCAUCUCCCUCGUUCGAAUAUGCCUUCAGCGCCGAGAAACCAUCCACCCCGACGCCGACAGCCUCGCGAAACGACAUCUCGGCGCCCCCCGACGGGAGACCACAGACCUCGUCGGCAAGGAGCAGCUUCUCUUUCGCUGCGCAUCCGGGAGGGAGGCCGAAAAGGUCAUCGCCAUGGACCUCCCGUUUGUCCUCUUUAUUCCCUACGGCCGCGGCGGAGAAGAGUCGAACCGACGCAUUCCUCCAGCCUCUCUCCAGCUCCCGAGUCGAACCGCCGAGACAUACUACGAACUCGUCGUCACGGUCCAGCAGGGCCACAGCAACCAGUACAAAUACAGCUUCCCUAUACCACUUCUGCGCUACGAUACCCUCUCCACUUUUGGCAUGUACAACAAACCCGAGUCCAAGCUCGUAACCAACGACAACAUUGUCCACCUGGGCAUCAACCUCCCACGAUGGAGCUACGGCCCCAGCGACCCCAUCACAGUAUAUAUCAAGUUAUCACCCAACACCGACUGGCUGCACAAGGCAAAGCGAGUCACCAUUGACAAGAUCACCCUGACCAUCGAGGAGGAGAUUACAUACAACCCGGAGGGCGACGAACCCUCAAAGAAAGUGAACAAGAUAUCAAGACAGGUCCAGGUGGUCAAGACGAAAAUCCCCGAGGCAGGAUAUGCCACCAACAUAGGCCUCAACUUUCCUUCAAAGGAUUUGCGCGAUCCAGAUGGAAUUAUCAAGAGGGGGAAACCACAGUUCCCUCUCUACGAGGUCACAUCAUUUACCACCACCUCGACGCUCUACAAGAUAGAAUUUUAUCUCAGCAUCAAGGUCAAUCUGAGCGGCGCUCGCGACGUGACCCUACGACAACCGAUCGUUAUCUGCCCCCUCGACCAACAAGCCUGCAAAGAAGAGAUGGACGCUAUCGAGCAAGCGGCCAAAGAAGCCUCGCACGUCGACCCCAAUAACCCCAUGCUGCCCGCGCAGACCAUUAUCCUCGCCAAUGACCGCGACUCAUUACGAGCUCUGGGUCUUUGCAUGGUGGGCGGACAAAAGAAGCCAUUCAUUGAGUGA